UUUUCCAAUGCUGGUUGGCUACGAUUCGCACGCGAUUCGCUUUGACUUGGACUUGGACGUUGCUGUUGCUGCAUUUUCAUCAUCAUCAUCACGGAGCAGCAGCAGCAGCAGCAGCAGCAAUAAGAACGAGUAUAACCAGGAGAACGAGAAGAGGAGCUCCAACAUUGUCGCCGUGUCGUUGUCGACGUCGCUGCAGCGUCGCAGCAUCGGCAGCAGCAGCAGCAGCACCAGCCCAUUGGAGUCGCCAUGGACUACAACUACAACUACAACUAUAGCAGCAGCUACAACAACAACAACAAAAACAACAAAAACAACAACGAAAACAGCAUAGAACAGGAUACGGCGCACCAGGAGCAUCAGCACCGGCAACAAAUGCAGGCAGCAGACAGGAUAGCGGCGGGCACCAGCUCUAGCUCUGGCCUCAGCGGGAACACGUCCACAUCCGCAUCUACAUCCACACCCACAUCCAAGACGAGAGCAGGAACAACGUCGUUAAUCUAUUUACCGCCUUUCUGCUAUCCAUGUAAGCAUGUGCCUGCGGCCGGCAGCCAGUGUCGGAGUCAGACCCAUAGCCGUAGCCAUUGCCAGACGAGGAGCGAUAGCAGGAGGAGCUGCCACGGCAGCUGCUGUUGUCAGCAUUACUGGGAAUAUAAAAAUUAUGAUAAACAUGCUUCAGCGUCGGGUUUGACACCAGCUACAGACACAGACACAGCCCCAGCCACAGCCAGAACCACAGCAACGGGAACGGCAACAAUGUCCUCCUUCUCUGCACCGUCACCGACAAGAACCGGGAAAUUCUUGCAGCAGCAGCAGCAGGAGCAGCAGCAUGGUUGCACCGAUCUCAGACAGACGUUGCAAUUAGUUGUGCCAACUGUUGUGGGUGGUGGCAGCAUAGCCCUGGAAUGUGGCAAGCACAGGCAGCUGGAACCCGCGGCGGCGGCAGCGGCAGCGGCGGCGUCGGACCAGCGAUGCUGGCGACGUGAGCGAAUGCGACGCGAAAGACCAAGUCAUGCGUCUGCAGCCACACUGGCCAAGGUAAAUCCAAUCAGCAGAGCAGCAGCAACAACAUUGAGGGAAUACAAUUCGCAAGCAACGACCAGCACAGAGCUGGCCACGGUGCCACGGUGGGCCACAACUGGCGCAGAGCUGCCGCACGAUGAAGAGGCCGCAGCAGCAGGAGCAGCGGCAGCGGCAGCGGCAGCAUCUACUCCUGCUGAUGAUGAUGAUGAUAAGGAGGAGCAGGCUAAGGAGGAGAAUGACUAUGAGUAUGAUGAAUGUAGGUGCUUUAACUAUAACGGUGAUAUUAGUCUGGAGCGAGAGAAGGAACAACAACAGCAGCAGAAUGGAGAGCCCCAGCAACUUGCCAGCAGCAGCGGCAGCAGCAGCAGCGGCAGCAGCAGCAGCAGCAUUACGUGGCUGAUAUUCCUGUGGCAGCAGCUGGUUGUGCAGGCAAACAAAGCCUCAACCGACUCCCGCACCCACUCCAAGUGGGCCGCCAGGACAACGACGAGGAGCAACAGCAUGACAUCGACAAAAAGUUGGCUUGGCCCGCUGCUAAUGCUGGUGCUGGCCACGUCCGUCAGUGGCUGGGGCGACCGACAAGAUGCUCCCACAAAUUGCACAUUUCCGGCUCGAUGGGAGGGAUCCUGGUUCUUGUCCGGCUAUCAGCAGUCGAUACACAUCAAGGGAUCGCAGUUCAGCUACCGCGGCAGGUGUACGGCCUACGAUGGUAACAAAUUUCUGAUUGUCGAUGAGAAAGGAUGUCAUCGUUGCCUGGUAAUCUAUGAGAAGCAUACGAAUGUGCUCCAGUAUAAAGAAAGUCCCCCAGACUUUUGCAAGGGCCGUGAGACUUUACAGAAUCUCUGCGACCAAAUACCGGGCGAUGCCCUGCUAUACUCCCUCUUCCGGGAGAGCGCCGAGCCGGUCAAGUGUCCGCUCAAGGGACCCUUCAUAUUCACAUACAACCGGGGCCAUGGGGAGUGCAAGUCGCCAGUGUCCAACAUUGAGAGCUGCACGGAGGAGAGUCGCCUCCUGCUGAGCUUCCAGGCCUGUCCCGAUGUCCUGGGGACCGAGAGUACAGUUGAGGAACUGACGUGUCUGGCGACCUGGAAGGAUGGCAACUCACGCUAUUUGGUUGGCCUGGUCUCGCACCAUCAUGCCAUCUCGAACGAGGAACGAUAUCGCUGCUUUGUCUAUGAGAAAAUCUCCGCGCUGAUGGCUAAUGGCGGUCCCAGCAUGCUCAGCUCAAAGGAUGCCGAGUAUAAGCUGGCACAAUCCGGCGACGCCACUUGCAAUGGCUUAGACAGUGCCGAGGUUGGCUCCCGCAUCAUGUCCCUGCGAAAACCGCCGGUGGCGGAGCGCUGUGACUUCCCAGCCUGGUUCAAGGGUCCCCGUCACUGGCAUGCACUUAUGGGCUAUGCCGUCUACAAUUAUCACCCCAAUGAUGGGUCCGUGCACAUUAUUAAGCCCAACGGCUAUAUGGAGACACGUGCGCUCUGCGAGCAGAUAAAUAAACAGACCUCAACCGAAAUGAUGGCCGUGGUGCAUUACACGACCGGGUGUCAAUCAGGAUUCAUGUGCAUGAUGUUCUACCGCCGGGACACGCACGUCAUUGAAAUACAGACGGGCAAGCCGGCCGUUCGCCUGGAGGAUGCCUGUGCACCGGAUCACUUUGAUAUUAAUAAGAUGGCCUACAUUACCUUGCUGGCAAGCAAUCCGGAACCGGCGAUUUGCCCAAUGGAGGGACUGUACAACCUGCGCGGCGCCAUCGGGCCGCCGUAUUUGGCCACGCGCCACAAGCGCAAUCACAACGGCAAAUCGCACCUGGGACACGGACAUCAUCACCACGAGAGUGCAGACGCGGGAACUUUUGGUCAUAAAGGACACAGCACGCUCAGCUUUCGGAAUGCCGAACACAUGGAGCGUGGCUCAUGGCAUGCCAAUACUCGCGGUCUUCCAGUACGCAGUCGACGCAGUGCGCCCCAGGAUCUGCAGCAGCAGCAGCAGCAGCAGCAGCAGCAGCAGGCGCUAGUACUGGGCAACGUGAAUAGCAACGAUACGAGUGUGGGAUUUGUGGCCACGCGGAAUCGGCGCGAUGUCCCGGGCUGUGUGCCUAACUACAAUGCCCAACGGCAGCUUUGGGUAGGAUGCAGUAAACCCAACUCGAUCGACGUUAGUCCGCUGUGCAGUGUGGAGGGUGAAGAGGAGUACUCAUGUCACGGCUCCUGGAGCGAGAAUAGUACGUUCUUCAUCAUAGCACGCCACAAGGGCAGCAAGCACGGCGUCUGUCUGACCUAUCGGCCAACGGAGGGCACCUCAGCCAAGCUGGUUGUAGGCGAUGCCUGCUACCGAGGCACACAGAAGCCACCCGAUCACCAUUUGGUGGCCAAUCUGUCAGUCUUUGGCAAAUGCGGCGAAACGGGCUCGAGUGCAGGUGACGCUCAGCUGGGCAACUGGCUCCUGCUGCUGACAAUGGCCACGCUCCAAUGGCUCUACCUGCGCAGCUGAGUUGCAAGCGGUGGCAAACAACAAACUGCACCACAAUUCUAAAUAAGCACAUAAGCAUUACAGGCCACAGCGCUGUGUAUGCAUUUACUAAAACCCCAAAACCAAAUCCCAUUAUGAUCGACAUUUAUACAAGACACAUUUAAGACUUAUUGUAUAUUUCAUGUAGUAUGUGUAAGGCGUAAUCGAACCACUCCCAGACUCCAGACUGGUUUGGCUGUAAAUAAUGUAUUGUUUUUAUUUUUCUUUACUGAUGAACACACACUUUUGUUUAGUUCUAAGUGCUUAAAAUAAACAAGAAUUCGAUAUAGUAAGGGGCACACAUACCCACAAUAUGAAAAUUGAAAAUGGUUUGCAAUAAAGCCUUAGAUCAGCGCUAUUUGUAUUAGGGCUAGUAGAACGCGUCUAUUACUAAGAGUAGCGCAAGGUUCAUAUAUGUAACUAUUAAUGCAAGUAUGUAUGUAGCAAAUGCUAUUUAUUUAUUGUACGAUUAUCCACUAAGCAGAGCAAAGACACAGCAACGAGAAGGAGAACACGAAACAAACCAUAGAAAUGACAUCAGACAGUAGAACUAAACGAAUACAAGCUAAAAGCUUCUUCGUUCUGUUUUCUUUUUAGCCAUCUCGUAGUUUGUUUUGUGGCACAUACAUAUUUUUAUAUAUAAUUUCCGAAAUGUUUCCUACAACAAAGUACAUACAUACAUACAUACAAAUCACAGGACGAAUGCAACAUUUUAAACUAUAUACAAGAAUUAUGAGAUGCAUUCAAAGGAAGUCCGAAAACCAUUUUCGCGAAAUGUACAAAACCAGAAGAGAUGGGAUGUUGGCUCAUUCGAGAUAGGUGUUGUGCUGCCGUUGUGGCAGUGGCAUACAGGCAGGCAGGCAUGUAAAUGCACACACAUAUACAAUAUAUUUUUAUGUACAAAUGAAGCAAAAUCGUACAUACAUACCAUACGAGUAUAUAUAAUGAUGAAUAACGUUUUGCAUAGGAUCGCAUUGGUUUCAUAACAUAAUUAAUACCUUGCAAAGUACGCAUAUAUUGAUAUUGUAUGAUUCAUUAUAAUAGUACUAUACAUAUAAUCGGGAGUACAUAGGAGUACAUACAUAGGCGAUUAAGAACUGUGAGGAAUUCGAGCAACUUUGAUAAGUAGAGGCACACCACUUUCAUAAUCAAUCAACUAACUUCGUAAGACACAAAACAAAACAAAACAAAACUGACAACUCUACCAAACAGAACAAAGACAGACAAGUGAAUCAGCAGCUAGGGAUGCUAAAAUAAUUAGAGUGUUUAAGACAAUUAAGCGGUGAUAUAGGUCUAGAAUAAACAACUGUGUAAAUCUCUUAUGAAAGCACAAGAACAGAACAGAGCAGAGCAGAACAGAACAGAACAGAUGCAUGCAGCAGUAAUGGAAACAACAGCUACUAAAGCGGACGAGUGGUGGAGGAGAAUUAAUGAUGAUGAUGAACUGUAUCCAAAGGAUUUCAAAAACUAGCAUUUUUUCUUUUCCAUUAGCAGUACAUGAGCGCAUGAAUUUGCCCAAUAUCCGAAACCUAAGCGAACGAGUAAACGCGUAAACAAUUAACGAGUAAGAAGAGAACGUAAGCAGAGCAGAGGAGAGACCCUUCAAGGCAACUAGUCAAAAUUUACGAAGCGUAACUUUGAGUUCCAUGUAAAUAGCGAAUGUUAUGCGAAUUGAGAAUUGAGCAACGGUACGCGGUGUACGAGUAUGUAUACAUAUGUAUGUAUGUAACUAAAUGCUAGUUAGCUAAAAGGAUUGUGGCAAGAGAUCAGAAACACUUGGUAGACAGCGACAACGACCCAGCCCUGGCGCUAGGACAGGCACAGCGGGCGGGCGUACAGAACAUAAGAGUUACUUUCUAAGAACUAUGUAUACAUUCAACAAACAUCUAUAUAAAAUUACGAAAAUAACAUUGUAAACUCGAGCAGCAGAGCAGACACAAAGUGGGAAAAUACUAGAGAACACGAAGAAAAAAAAUCAUGACCGGAACCGGCAAUGGCAGCAGCAUCCAGUCAACUCCUUAUAGAGAUAUAGAUGGCCAGACAAAUCAGACAUCGUAAUGUACAAAAUGUACAAUGAUCGGCCGGAGUGCACGGCAGUAGUUAGCAGCGCAGCAGCUGAGCCCGAGCAGCGGACUAUUGAAUAUUUUUUGAGUGUACCUCUCUUUAAAUAGGCAUUUCAAUUUGUUGUCAGCUUUUAAAAAGUAAAUACGAGCAUAUUAAAUAAUAUUGAAUGCAUUUUAAACAAGUAAAAACAGAAACCACAUAAAUCAAGCGGAACAUUGAGUAAUCCUUCAAGUCGAAGUACAGUUUUAACGCCCAUCCUCCUGUCUCCAUCAGCCAGCACACGAAUUCCAGCUGGUUGGCGCUUUACUGGUUUAUUUUGCAAUUGUUAAGCUGAAACACUUUACCAUCCCGACGCCCAGCUUCCCAAUGUAAGAUCCAGAUCCAAUUCCAGCUCCAGCCUUAGUUGUUUUCUUGUGUCAUUGUCAGAACUUUAACGUGUUAAUAAUGUUCCAAACGGUCUCCACAAAUGUAUUCGAAUGUUUCUAAAAACUGCUAAAUAUAAAAAAAAACGAAGCAAAACAUAACAAAGGCGAAAAAACAUAACAUGCAGCAUAUUUUUGUAAAUAGUUGAAGCAACGCUUGAAUUUUUAUCCAGUUUUGUGUAUGGCUACUGCAGUCGAUCGACGUGUGUAUGGGGGGGGGCGACCAGGAGCAGCCCCAGCUGGGGCGUGGCAGCCCCACCUGAGUGUGAACGCUAAGCAUUAGAUAUAAGUGAUUUUUAUAUUCAAAGCGAUUUUAUAAAUCAUUUUAAUUGUCUAUUUUAACGAGUGCAGCGAGCAGAAAACGAUAUGCAAAUAUGCCGUCGAUUUAGUUCAUGUGUGUGAAAAAAAACUUAAUGCAAUUUUCGUCAAUAAUUGAAUGUUUUGAGUACUAUGUUCUUACCUUGUUUGGGUUUGUUUUUUAAGCUAAUACGAAUACAAAUACAAACUAAU